CUUAUGUCAAACAUUGUGUACCUAUUGCGACUGUCAGCUGUACGUCAAUAUGACAUUUUAUUCUCGCUCAAGGGAGUUCUUGAAAAGUUAAUUUCAUUAAACUUAACCAAAGUCUAAUAACUGAAAAAAUUAUAUUUCUUGUCUUUGCAAAUGAUGUAAUAAACAAUUUUCUAUAAACUUUGAACCUGUGUGUAUUGAUAUAGCCAUGAAAAUGGCUUUGGCAGAGGUUUAAAAAUUCCAUGCUACACGUAACACUAUCACUAAUUAGGAAAGAUGGUGGGUUGGAUAAAUUAUGCCAUGUGAUGGGCAGAGGAUGUCAGAGCGUCAGCUAUUAGACAGGAGUUGCCUGAAUGAAGGCAGCAUGGCUGUGCCAGUCAGUGUCAACAGUUUACCACAGCAUUGGAGGGAGUUUGCAUGCGGAGGUGGUGCAGCUUUCUGCAAUAUUCUCAUCAGCUACCCUUUGAACAAACUUAUAUUUAGACAGAUGAUGCAUGGAGUCGAAGCGACAUUUGCAUUGCACCAACUACAGAAAGAAGGUAUGGGAUACCUGUACCGUGGUAUGCUUCCACCUUUACUACAGAGAUCAAUGUCAAUGUCGCUCAUGUUUGGAGUCUAUGAUGAAUGCCUUCAGCCCCUCCUAGAGUACAAAAUUAAUCCCUAUGCUGCCAAAACUAUAGCAGGAGUAGUUGCUGGUUGCUUUGAAGCAACCCUAAUGCCAUUUGAAAGACUGCAAACUUUGCUGAUACAUCCCAAAUAUCAUAAUCAGUUCAAAAACACAGCCCACGCGUCAAGUCACAUUGCUAAAUACUAUGGAAUAAAAGAGUUUUAUAGAGGACUUGUGCCUAUCCUAUUGAGAAAUGGACCAUCAAAUGCCAUGUUCUUCAUUAUUAGAGAUGAAGUACGCAUACGUUUACCUAAUCAAGAAAACAUGCUUUAUGAAAGCAUACAAAAUUUUAUUGCUGGUGCAUCUAUUGGAGCUUUUCUUAGCACAUUAUUUUACCCCUUGAAUGUCAUAAAGAUAGCUAUGCAGUGUGAACUCGGAGGACCUCAUCGAACACUUAUUUAUGAAUUCAACUACAUUCUUAGAAAGAGAGGAUCCAAGUUUGCGAAUUUCUAUCAUGGGGCAUUACUUAAUAUAUCCCGAGCAUUUUUAAAGUCAAAACGUCCGGAGUUUCGCGACGACUAUCGCUAUGAGAAGGCUUUCGGCGCGUUCUACAAACUGCAUCCUGAAGCGGUAAACUGGUACCAAUCCCGCAUACGCUGUGAGGCGGAGGGUACUGAAUUAUUCGUCCCAGCUAACCUGGACGAGGCUGACAGUAUCCCGCUGCUCAUCGCUCCGAUAUUGACGAAAUAUGAAGGAGUUUACGUCGGCAUACACGAUUUGUACUCUGAAAGAACAUUUAUAACAAUCAAAGGGAACAGUUUGCAGGAUACGAUCCUAGAAUUGCUAUGGGAACUAAAACAGCCGCUGCACAGUGGAGGUCGAUGUGUAGCGAUGCGCCGCAAUGGAAAGCUUUUUGUACAUCCGUGCUCAAACACUCUACCAUUUGCCUGCAAAAUAAAGGCUUCCAAUGUUGUUUACUACCCUGAUUGCGAUACCUUCGAUUCUCGAUGGAAGCUAGGCCCUAACAGCACAUGCUACCAAGCACACAUAGAACCACAGAAAUGGCACGUGGCACAUUCAACUUGUUACUUAGCGGGCGGACACCUUGCGAUCUUGGAUACGAAGGAGGAAGCGGAGUAUAUUCGCGAGGUGUUCAAACAGGUCGACCAGCAUAAGACGCCUGGUGACUUCGCCUUCCUCGGAUUUAGUGAUUUGUUCCAACGAUAUCACUAUCGGACACUUUUUGGAGAAAGAUUACCACAAAUGGAAAUAAACUGGGACUUCAAAUGUCCGGGUAACUUCACGAAGUUGGAAGAUCGUUGCGGCGGUAUACGUAGGAGCGGUUUGCUCGCUACCGAGAAUUGUGGGAUACCGUCUAUGUUCUUCUGCGAGAAACCGUCCACGGGGGCGUUCAAGCACAAAAAAGCUUUACGACACGAUCCCAAUGGAUAUCGUACUAAACAUUUAAAUACUAUUGUGAAACUGAAAGGGACAAUGUUAGAAGAAUAUACGUGAUAUUCAUUAAAAAAGUUUUGUUUUUCAU